AUGGAGCAGUUGAUGACCGUGGAGGAGAGCUACGUGGAGCGUCGACAGCUCUUCAAGGACAUCUGGGACACAGCCAUGCACAUGGACGAGAAGGAUGGUGACAUUUUGAACAAGCCGAAAGUCAUUAAAACCCUUCGACUAACGGAAGUUGAUAGAUCAGCUGGCAAGAAGAAAAAGCAAAGGAUCAAGAAUUUGCGCGCGGUUUGUAAGAAGAUUCUGGAUUUUUGUGAUAAGCAAGAUGCCGACGAUAUAUUCUAUGAACAGAUUACUGCAGAAGGUCAUGUAGCACCUCCACACAAGCCAGAAGCACACCCAAAGAAGCGUAAAUUGAAAGCCAGGAAGAAAAUAAAAAAAACGAAGAGCUUAUUCUCGCCAGCCAAAGAAGUAACACACCCUAGAACAAUAGUUUCCGAUGGAAAGGAUAACUUUGAUUUGAAUGCCAAUAAAAAAACCUCCAGGAAUUCUUCUCCCAUUAAACAUCGACGUCCAGUUGUUAUGAAGAAGACAUACAUACGGGCUACAUUGGGAUCAACUGUCCCAUCAUCUACCUUGAAACCCUUGAAGCUUGUGUCUUCAGGCAAGCCUUCAGAAAACAGCACACCCACCCGAAAAGUGGUCAAAAAGAAAAGCAACCCAAAGAAAAAGAAAUCGUCUAAAGAUAACGUAUCUCCAUUGAAAAUUGAUAUCAUAGAUUAA